AUGGAUGAAAUAGAAACUAAAAAGGUUCAAGUAGAAUCUAAGUUAGCUAUAUGCAUUUUAAACGCCUUUAAAAGUUUUUCUGAUACUAGUGUUCUAAAUGGCUUAAAUAUGAGUGUACCUUUAGGAUCCAUAUAUGGUCUUUUAGGACCAAGUGGCUGCGGAAAAACUACUUUAAUAAACGUUAUUCUUGGAAAGUUUCCAUUGGAUUCUGGGAUUAUUAAAAUAAAUCCUAGUCGUUUUUCAGAUAUUGGAUACAUGCCUCAAGAUUUGUGUUUAGAUUCGAUGCUUACCAUAGGAGAAACAUUUAAAUAUUAUGGUUCAUUAUAUAAAAUGAAUGAAAGCGAUAUUUCUAUUAAAAGCAAAGAACUUAUUAAUUGGCUUAGAUUACCACAGAGUUACACACUACUAAAAGAUCUAAGUGGUGGUGAGUGUAGAAGAGUUUCACUGGCCGUCACAUUACUUCAUGAUCCAACAAUCAUAAUACUAGACGAACCUACAGUAGGGAUCGAUCCAGUAUUAAGAUAUGAAAUUUGGCAGAAAUUAUUGGAAAUGGUAAAAACUCAAGCUAAGACUAUUAUAAUUACUACGCAUUAUAUCGAAGAAGCACACCAAGCACAUACUAUAGGUUUGAUGAGAAAUGGUGUUUUAAUAUCAGAAACUACUCCUCAAAACUUAUUGGUUAAACAAAAUGCCAACUCAUUAGAAGAAGCAUUUUUAUCGUUAAGUUCUAGUCAAGAACUUGAUGAAACAACUCAAAAGACUAACAUUUUCAAAAAUACUAAUGUGUCGUCAAACAUUUUGCACUCUGACAGCGGAAUAUCAUUCAUUAGAAUUAAUGCAUUUAUAAAGAAAAAUGUUGCUAUUUGUUUAAGGGAUUUCACGUUUAUAUUUUUCAUGAUUUUAUUUCCAAUGUUGGCAGCAAUAAUUUUCAAUUUAGCUAUUGGUGGUAAUAUUAAAAAUGUUAACAUAGCUAUUCAAAAUAAAGAAAUUGCUGAGUGUCAGAGCAUUGUAGUUAAUCAAUGUAUUUAUGAAGACAUUAAUAAUUUCACUCUUAGUUGUGCAGUUUUGAAUGGUUUACGAAAUCUAGAAUACAAUUUAAUUCCAGUCGAAAAUCGAGAAGAAGGAGACAUUUUAGUAAAAAAAGCUAAAUCAGUAGCAUUCAUUCAGUUUCCUCAAAAUUUUAGUAUAGGACUUCAACAAUAUGUUCUUGGUUUAUGGUUUUCCGCCAAUGAAUAUUCGUCAAAUACGGCAGCCUAUGCAAAUAUUGAUGUUGGAAAUGUUUUAGUAAAAAGUCAAAUUAUUCGAAAUCUAUUUAAUGUUGUUGAAGAUGUUAUUGUAAAUAGCACAGGCGUGUGUAAUAAGAAGUUUGUUAAGCGUCAUUUUAAAACUACAUAUUUAGUGGGAAAUAAAGUUGAAACAUUUAUUCAUAGUAUAGCUACUAUGUUUGUUUCGAUGAUAGGAUUUUAUUUCUCAAGUGUAAUAUCUACAGGAUUUAUGUUGACAGAGAAAAUGGAGGGAUUUCUUGAUCGGUCUAUGACAGCUGGAAUUACAAUACUAGAAGUUGUAAUUUCAAUAACGUGUAUUCAAACUAUAAUACACGUAAUUCAAACUAUUUCUGUCAUGUUUAUCACGUACUUUGUUUUCCUAAACCCUAUUGAACUCACUAACGGACUGUUCGCAUUUGCAUUUAUAGUUUUUUUAACCGGGUGGUUAGGUUUACUAUACGGUUUGUUAAUUGUUGGAUUAUCAAAAUCGAGUUCCGAAGCCAUGAACAUGAUUAUUGGUUGGAAUAUGAUACAGAUUUAUUUAUCAGGUAUUAUGUGGCCAAUUGAAGCUCAAAUGCCAUUCAUGAAAAUCAUAUCUGAACACCUCCCAUUAUGCUACAUUAGUAGAAUAUUGAAUAACAUUGUUUUAAGAGGAUGGACACUCACUCACCCGACCGUCUUAAUCGGAAUAGCCAUUAUCAUUGGUUAUGUAUUAUUACAUGUAAUUAUGUUAUUGUACUUAACCCACGUUAAAAAAGAUGCAUGGUUAGUAAAUAAAUAA